GCGAAUUGUCUGUGAGUGUUAACUACUACUGCGAGAAGCCGGCAACUAUUGGCCAAUCCUCCAUCAGGGGGCGGGGUUUCAUGGGGGAUACAGGUAGUAGAGCACUUUGACUUCCUCUUUCUCUCUCUAUGUUUACUGUAUCCGAGGGGAAACAUACACACAGUGUGAAUUCAAAGGGAUGAGAUAGGGUGAUGCGGUGUGAUCUGAUCACAUCACUGUAUACUGUACUUCAUUGUUAUAGUUAUUAAUAUAGCUAUAUAAAGUAUGUCUCGAGUGCUGAUAGUCGGAGCUGGACUGACAGGCAGUGUGUGUGCGUGUCUGCUGCACCGGGGACUGGCAAACCGAGCUCAAAUAACGGUGUGGGACAAGGCGAGGGGAGCAGGGGGGAGAAUGUGUACAAGCAGAAGUCCACACAAUUUGUUUUGCACAGUGGAUCUCGGUGCUCAGUACAUCACUGCCACACCAUAUUAUUCCAAAAUUCACAAAAGUUUUUAUCAAGAACUCCUAAAUCAUGGAAUUUUCAAACCACUUGAGGCCAGAGUGGAGGGCAUGAUGGCAAUUGAGGAAGGCACUGUAAACUAUAUAACGCCAUCUGGGAUGUCAUCCGUUGUUAAGCACUAUCUCAAAGAGUCAGCAGGAGCAGAGGUGCUCUUCGGUCAUCAAAUCACCCACAUUUACAACAGAGGGCCAUGCUGGGAGGUGCACCAGAAAGAGGGCUCACCAGAGCAGUUUGAUGUGGUGGUUUUAACUAUGCCCAUCCCACAGAUACUACAAUUACAAGGAGACAUUGGCUCCUUGCUGAGUGAGAGCGAGAGGCAGAAACUAGAGGAUGUCAGCUAUUCCUCUCGCUACGCCUUGGGGCUUUUCUACAAAGCCGGCGUGCAGAUCAACGUCCCCUGGGUGGCCAAGUAUGUCUCCAAUAAUCCCUGCAUUCGCUACAUCGCUACAGAUGAUAAAAAGCGCAAUUUAGUUUCAGAAAAGUUUGGCCCCUCUGUAGUGGUGCACACCAGCGUACCCUUUGGCAUGGAGCACUUGGAGGACGCAACAGAGGAGGUUCAGGCCAUAAUUCUGGAAGAGCUGCAGAAGGUGAUGCCAGGCCUCCCCGAACCCGAGUCCAUCAAGUGCCAGAAAUGGAGAUACUCUCAGAAAUCCUCUAGGAGCUUUGUGGUCACGUUCAACAAGAAGGAAGAAAGACAGAGGCCAUAGCUCGUAGUUCCCUCUGCAAACGUGCUUAAGUGCUGCUAAUGAAAUGCUGCUCUACUAUACAGCAAAUGGCAUUCAUAUUUUAUAGAGUGAAGCAUAAUGGAGGGCUAUAGGGCUUGAGUGGUGAAGAGCUGGUAGAAGGAAAAGCUCAAACAUAAUCUUUUAUCUGAGGGCUGGAGUAAAAAAUGCAUUGAAUUAUACUUUAAUGAUGCACAGAGAUGUUUUCUCGGAGACAUACAGCAAACUUGUGUUCUUACUCACACACACACAUACACAAAUACAUGCUCACCCCCACACAGUUGGCUCACACGCACAUACACUUACAGUAGUUCACUGUGCGCCCUUUCUCACACACUUCUGCAUGCUCUCUCUGUUUCUCUCUCUCUCUCUCUUUCUCUCUCUCUCUCUCUCCCUCUCCCUCUCUCUCUCUUUUGCGUUCUCUCUCUCUCCACCCCCAUGCCGGGCUCCUCUGCGACACACAUAGCACUGGGCCUCUGCUUAAGGUCAGAGGACAUGGAACAUCUGUGUGGGAGCCCACAUCUCACUGCGGGCCAGAGAAUGGGCCAAGGUCUGUCUGGACUGCACACACUCUCUUGGACACAUACACACGCACGCACACACACACUCCGUAUGAAUGUGUCAGAGGGGUUGUCUACUGCCUAGAGGUUUUAAUGGCUAGAAAAAAAAUCUCUUAAUUGCUUUUCAGAAAAUGGUAAUUCAGUCCCUUCUGCAGUCCUUCCUGCAGGGAACAGAAUGUCAGAAUUUCUUUCAGCUGUUGCCUGCUGUCAGAGAGACGUGUAGAGAGACGUGAAUGGAGAAAAAUUACAUAACCGCGAUUCAAAAGUGUGACUUGUUUAGGAAAUGUCACAUGCAACAGUGACUUGCUCCAAGCUGUCAAAUGUAUACACGGUCUCUCUGAUUCAUGUGUGCACACUACACUUCUUGUUCAGAAGAAUCCUCAUCUUUAGAGGAUUAUGAAAGCUUGCAUGUUUCAUGUUUAAUACAUUAUAGGAUUUUUUUUUUGUCAUCAGCAUUUCAGAUAAAGUUCGAGCGUGUCUGAAGUGUUUAGUUUAUAUUUACAUAUACUGCGUUCGUGAUUGAUUUUCUUUUUCUCUGAAUAGUUUGUACUAUGAAAUCUAUCUUUUUUAGUUGUAAAGUCGUCCUAGAGUCAGCUAUUUCUGAAUGUCUGUCUCUCUUGUGCUGAGUUCUGGCGACGAGUGUAGCGAAAUACAUUUGAGGAGGUGGAGGAGGUCAGCCCUGCUAAUAUCAACUUACUCCUUGAGUAAACCAAACAAUUUGUUCUUGGCCAAGUUUCAGCCGGAACAUUCAUCAUUUGAUUUACAUACAGAUUACCGUUUAAAGCUACAAGAGGGAGGGGGAUGAAGAAAAAAAAACCCUCUUUUUUGGAGGCAGUGAUAAUAGCAUGUCGUCUGUAGAUGCCUAUUAAAAGCCCCAGGAAAUGGAUACUAUUUCCUUGGCUUUAGUGCACUGCACUUCGAUGUUUAUCAGGAGUUCUGGGGCCAACAGAAGCCUCAACUAUGGGCCAUACACUCAGGAGGAAUGUGCUUACUCUCAGCUCUCGUUAACAAACUGUAUUUUUAUUAUUUUUUUAUUUUCCCAUAGUAAAGUAGUUGUAGUCAAGCACUUUUCAUUCUAGCCAGUAUUGAUUGAAGCAAUAUAUGCGUUGAUGUUUUCUUAAAUUAGGAUUUAGGAUAUGUUUUUGAACAACUGCUUUUUCCCCCCCAAAGCACCCAUAACGUAACAGCAACUACUGAAGUGCAUGCUUCAGAUAUACAACAGAGAGGGAGGCAGGUCAUUCACUGUAAAGAGUCAUCCGCGAGUGGGUGUAUUGUGUUUUAUAGGGAGAAAUUGGGAGCAUUUCCUAGCUUUCUAUGGGAGUUUCUGCAAUGUUAUAUCACAUCUGGCACAAAACCCUGUGCCCACAGGAAAGCUUAGCCUUCCCUAUAGAACAUGCAUAGCCGUUGCUCUGACAGAUUUCACUCGGGACGUAUCAAGAUUUCAGAAUUUUGUUCUGACACUUAAUUGAACACACCUUCAAAGAUAGUCUGCAUGUUUUAGUUAGUCUAAAUAAUAGAUUGGCAUGAUAGUACAGUGGGUAGCGUUACCGCCUCACAGCUCCAAGUUCCCUGGCUCAGUCUGUGUGAAGUUUCUGUGCAUGGUCUCCUCGAGUUCAUAUGGGUUUCUUCCAUGUUUUCUUGUUUCCUCCGACUCCCUAGAAAUAUGCCAGUAGGUGGAUUGGUUACGAUAAAUUAACCCUGACUGUGAAUGCAUGUAUGACUCUGUGUGUGUGGUGCACUGUGAUGGAGUAGCAUCACAUUGACGGUACAUUCCCAGUGUUCCUGGGAUAGACUCGAAAUCAACUUCGACUCUGACAAGGAUGAACUGGUUGCUGAAUUUGAAUGUAUAAUAGAUUCAGGUACCUUAGGUUGCAUUAAAGACUUCAAGAGGAUUGUUUUUUAAGGUCUUGACCAGGGAGGUCAGAGAUUUUUCCUUUUCCAUCCUGGAUUUCUAAUCUACCCUGCUCACUUAUUAACACUUUCACGUGUAGGUUAGAAAACAACUAGACAAGCCCCUGUGAUAUUAAAGCUUUGGAUUUGAUGACAUUUCCAUCAUACGAGUGUAUGUGACUCUGUGUUGAAUAAACGUACACGUCAGCACUGAAUUAAAACGUCUCCUCAGCGUAGGCAUGAGUCAAACCCAUCGGCCAGGUGUUGGCAAAGCUACGUGCCGUCUGCUUCAGUCUGCCGGGCCAGGUUUGUAAUCAGGCUGUUAAUAUGUGUGCUCUCCUAAGCCAAUGUAAGACAUAGUGAGCAGCCCCUGCCAUGCUGAGCCAGACCCCACCCUACACCCAGACAUACUGAAACUAUGAUUAAAUAAACAGUCUCACUUCUAUGGUGUAAUCAUAUGGGUAGGCUUAUACAAGUAAUUGAGCAUCUAUAUCUUGUUCUUGUUCAUUGAUUGUGCUCUGUGCUUUACUAAUUAACUGUUCUAUCACAGGUCUGGAAUAUGCUUUCCUUACUUUUACAGUUUCUUUCUUCAUUUAUGUCCCUAUUGUCAUAUGUGAAUGUACACCCUGAAUGUAUCUACUGUAUCAUGGUAAAAAGCAUACAAGCACACUGUCAAAUAUGAGUCAGCUCUAUAAAACUGGCUUUCAAGGCUGUAUGUAGGCACAGUGUAUCUGGGACAAUAGUGUACAAUCCCACUCAAUAGCAGCACAACAUGGCGGUUGCAUCAGCUAUUAGAUGCCGCAUCGUUAGUGCAGCACUAAUGCAGCGUACGCUCAAUUGUGUCGUUAGGUGACAAGUUCAGUGGCUGACUGCCCAGGGCAGAUGACACUGCUCGCCAAGCCUCUGCUGGUGUGCGGGGGCGACGGCUUCACGCACUCCAAUUUCGACGGCUGCAUCGAGUCAGCCCUGAAGCUCUUCGAGGUUCUGAAGUCCUCUCUCUAAAGCGUUGGGCGUUGGGAGGGAACUCUGUAUUUUUGGGGGCCGAGGAACUGGAACGGGUUUACCAGUGAUGAUUCAGACACAGCACCUCCUACGCAUGUACUGUAUGAAGAACAGUGAUACUGUUGAGCAGAAAAACCAAUUACGUUGCAGCUCGAGAUUCAGAGAAUUAGAUGAAGGCUGAAUAAACUGUGCAAAGCUACUCCUUAUAUUGAUUUUAUAUAAUGGUAAUGUUGAGCACAAACAGGCCUUCACACAUUAUCUAACAUGUAAACUGUAAAUGUUGAAUGAUCUUGUCUUCCUGUUGCCGUUUGUGGGUUUGAGAUGUAAGAAAACAAUAAUAAAAAAUUUAAAAAAACCUUAACACCUGA